UGAAACCUUUUCUACUUUGCACUUCGUAGUCAACGUCCUUUCUGACAUUUGUCGAACGACAUAGGGCUCUCUUUCAACCGUGCAUUCGACCCUGUUCGACCGUGAGGGACAUUUAUUGAGAAAAGCACAGUGGGAAAGCAGGUGCAAUGUCGUUCGGCCGGCCGCCAGGUUUUUCCGCCUUCACCGUCUCGCCGCCAGACCGAGGGUCAUUCCCUUUGGACCAUGAUGGCGAAUGCAAAGAAGCUAUGAAAGCGUACAUGUCCUGCAUGAAGGCCAAUGCGAAUCACAAUGGCAAAUGCCGUGUUCUCUCAAAGCAGUAUCUUCAAUGCCGGAUGGACCACGGCCUGAUGGAGAAAGACGACAUGAAGAAUUUGGGGUAUCAAGGAGAUGAGGAUACACAGCCGUCGUCGGCAACAGGGACUUCGAGUACUGGUACGCAACAGCAAAGUAAUGCGAAGCAAAUAUGA